UUUUACGGCCUUGCUGGUCUGCUAUGCUGAUCCUGCUGCCUUUCUGUCUAUUCAUUCCAUAUAUGUUAUCCUUACCUACUUUUUUACAACGAGAUCUUGUGCUGCUGGUAACAUUUUAACUAUAAUCAUAAUAAAACCAACGCACUUGUGUUCUCGUCUCAGCUGUCUUUAACUUUAUUUAACUUUCUGCUUCAUGUACAGAUAAUAGUUUAGUUUUAGCUGAUAGUUUACCCCUACAAAGAGUAAUUGCAUCCAACGAGAAGUAAAUAAUUGCAUUUAACUAGGAGAGACCACAAGUCGGCAAAAAUACAACGAAAUAUAACGAACGCGAAAGUAUACAAUUAUCUAGUUUUCGAGCUUAUAUUAUUACGAAAUGUGUUAUUACGUUGGUUGUGACGAAAUAUAGACGAAAAUGGAGACGAGAAUGCGGAACCCGGCUAAUUAAUUGCAAGGAGUAAUAUUUAGGAGGGAGAUAUCCGAAAUCCGGGUAUCGGAGUCAUGGAGGGUGCCAACAACCCGAAAAUUCUCCACUUUGGAGAUGUUGUCAGCAUCUUUGGAGAGGGGAGUGUCACCGGGUUCCUCAGCACGUUGGGCUACUCGUUAGGGUCUGUGGAUGACCGGUGUGUGAUUUGUCCGUCUCAUGGAACUCUACAAAAUCCACCAAAGAAAUUUAGAGAUUGUUUAUUUAAAAUGUGUCCUGCAAUGCGAUACUCUGCUCAACAACAGUACCUGCACGCAUCACGGUCCAAUAUAACAAAUCGGACGCCGGAAGAAGCAAUUUUAAUGAAAAGUUUGCACCAUGCUGCCGAACUCGAGAAAGAUCAAAAUGCAAAAGACACUUGUAAAAAGGUUGGGAUCACGCUAAAGUACGGGACCAGUGUUCAGCUUCUGCACAUGAAAUCCAAUAAAUAUUUAACCGUGAAUAAGCGAAUUCCUGCAAAAUCGGACAAGUUAGCGAUGCGCGUGUACCUUGACCGGAGUGGGAAUGAGUACUCGUGGUUCCAAAUUAUACCCUCGUUCAAGCACAGAUCGCUGGGCGACCCCGUCGUGGCCGGGGAUGAAGUCAUACUCACCGCAGUGGGAAGCACACAGCAGUGUCUCCACGCAUCGGACGUGUGUCUCCCAGAUAAUCCAGGGUCUCAUGAGGUCAACUUUUCCUCAAAUAAAAAAGCAUGGAGUUUAGUCCUCUUUCUCAACUAUGCAGAAAACAUUCCUGGUAUUUUGAAAGGUGGCGAUGUCGUGCGACUGUUUCACGUCGAUGAGGAAAAAUUUCUUACGCUCGACGCCUACGAAAACCAUCAGCACGUCUUUCUCCGCACCACCCAGCGAGCCGCUGCGACCUCAGCGACGUCAAGUAAAGCUCUGUGGGAAGUGGAGGUGAUGCAAGACGAUCCCUGCAUGUCUGGAGCGGGAUACUGGAGCUCAAUAUAUCGCCUGAAGCAUAUGGCGACAGGACUUUACAUGGCGUGUGAUGGGAGCGUGUAUAAUUUUACAUCGACAUGCAGCGAGUCACCGAGGACGCAGAGUUUCGAUGAAUGGGAGGAACCCACGAUAUUUCCAAUUUCUGGUCAAGACAGGAAUCAAACAUUGUUUGAAUUUUGUCCCACCGCAGCCGAGACUGAGGAAGCCGUUGUACCUGAAUCGUCAUAUAUUCGUCUUCGUCACAACUCGUCGCGUAGAUGGGUACGAGCAACCAAAAUUCCGAUUGAUGUCAAUAAGAAGAACCCAGCGAUGAUGAAGCUCAUUUGUACUCCGAAUAAGAAGGAUGAGGAAGCCUUCCUAGUCGUGUCCGUGUCACCCGUGGAAGUCCGUGAUUUGGAUUUUGUCAACGAUGUGCUCGAAGUUUUGAAAGACUUUUGCCAGAAACUUCACCAUCAAGGGGUCACUGCAAACGAUAGGAGGAAUGUUUGCUAUGUGUUGAAAGAAGUCAUAUUUUUCGUCGCGGAAUCCGACUCCAGUCAUCAUAAUGUUGAUCCGUUAGAUUUUGUGGUUGCUGAACCAUCCCGUGAUCGUCAGAAACUUUUAAGAGAACAGUUUUUAUUGGAUAAUGUGUUCGAGAUUUUGAAGGCACCGAUGGAAAAAAAGCAGGGCACUUUACUCCCCUACUUUGAAGAUGAGGACGGAACUAUGCAAUCUAAAUGGAAGUAUACUUUUAGACUGUGUUACAGAGUGCUACAUUUGAGCCAGCAAAGUUAUAGAAAAAAUCAGGAAAGUAUCGCUAAAGAAUUUGGUUUUAUGCAAACCCAAAUCGGUCUCGACAUCCACGCUGAAGAGACGAUUACCGCCCUCGUCCACAACAAUCGAAUGUUGCUGGAGAAGCACAUUAGCAAAAACGAGGUCAACACUUUUGUCGGGUUGUUGAAGAAGAGUGGGCACAAGUGGGACUACAGAUUUCUCGACCAUCUCUCAGAUCUCUGCGUGUCGAACAAGUUGGGGAUUCCGAGCACGCAAGAGAUCAUAUGCGAAGUGUUGCUGAGUCCGGAUAAUUUUUCAGUCUUGUUGGAAGCAAGAAUGAUGCAAGCCGACCGAUGGCCUUUAGCCCUGUCGGGAGGAUUGCAUACGACAGGGGAGGAUGUUUACCUGUUCAAGGAUAAAAUGAAGUUGAAAAGUGUGUCCGAGCUCGCGAUGAAAGCAAGUUUGGGAUUUGGUGAGGAUUCAGCUAUCGUAAAAUAUUACUGUCAUCAAUUGGACCUCUUCUCGAACAUGUGCCUGGGACGACAGAAUCACGCAAUUGAGGAAUUAUCGUACCGAUUGGAUAUCAAUAUUUUGUUAAAAUGCAUUUCUGCUGGGUCACUUCCUUUCGAAUUAAGAAUAUCGUGCUGUCGACUGAUACGAAAACUUCACGUGGAUGUCGAACCACAGAAAGAGGAUAAAAAAGUGUCGCUCUCUCGAAUGUGGUGGGAGGAACCGAUUCAUAGCGAGGAUGAGUAUGAUGCCAUCCACAUCACCGCUAAUGAAACGAAGGAAGCACAAAUGAAGAAAUUCUCUCCAACGAAAGAAUUCAUUGAGAAAUAUUUACGCCAAGUUGCACAAAAGUCGCAGUUUCAUAACAUUUUGCAAAACAAGUUGUCAGUUGAAAUUUUAAAAUUGGCCAAGGAAUUUGCACGUUUCGGUUUUUACGGCAUGGUUUCUUUCAAUCAGUUGAGGAAAACGUUGCUAACUAUUUUGGCGUCAUUGUCCAAGGAGGCGAUUUUAGAUCAAAGAAAUUAUUCCAACGGAGGAAGAAAACAAUCGCAUAAACUUCUCACGGAAGAGUCGCAAGAGACCCGUUUUGAAAAAGAGAACGAAGCUGUCCUGCUGGAUAUGAAAGUGAAUAUUUUGGAGAUUAAUGAGCACAUUCACGAAGUAAUUUUAGACUAUCGACUCACUAUUCUCAUGUCAAAACUGAAAGAUGACAUUGCUCAAGGUAACUCCAUUGCGGAUAUGGACGUGGAAACGUUCGUCAAUUUUUUUGAAGAGAGUGUCAACUUGUGUGACGACGAUUCGAAUUUUUUACGCCUCCUCCUCUACAACGUAACCAGCGUGCACCACCCCCUGACCAAGAGUGCGAUUAAACUAUUAAUGUCAAACUUUAACCAGAGAAAGCGUCUCUUCACGGCGUUGGAGAAGAGUCAAAUCCUCAGUAACAAGAGCGACUGCGGAGUUUUAAAUGAGAUAAAAGAGAUGUUGAAAGCUAUCUCAGGCGCCGUGAAGAUUGCCAAGGCACGUCGACGGAGCGAUUGGAAACUGAAGGCGAAGAAAGAUGCCAAAUACGGCAGUAUCGACGAAGGAGUAGAAGAAGACGGGGACGAAAUGUCUCCAAACGUCUCUCAAGUCCGGGAUGACCCCCUCUCUCCCACGAAAAACAUAAUUUCGCGCACCCCCUCUCUCCGCUACCCGCUCUUGGAAUACAGAGAAAAAAUUAUUAAAGUUCUCCGACAAAUGACACGGCUCUGUGUCAACCUCACCUCCGAUGGGACGGUUUCGGGUCAUCGUCAAAAUCAAUAUUUGCUCAGAGAAAGCAGAGUGGACGAAGUGAUCGUGGAAGCCAUGAAGUUACUCCAGGACUCCAAGGAGGACCUCCAUAUUCAACAGUUGUCCGAAUUCAGCCAAUUUUUUCAAGCCUAUUGCAUGGCCAACGGAGAGAAUCAGAUGAUAAUGUCGAACCAUAUCAAUAGUUUUAUCCAGCUUGAGGAGACGAAUAAAACUCCGAUGCCCUGGGUUGGCGAGGCGGCUGCGAUCCAGUCCGUCUACGAGGACAACAUCUCCCUCUGUGCCGGCGUUCCCGACGGGCUGAUUCAACACUUGGUCCAAAGAGCAUUUCAAAAACAGACGGGACGAUACGAUUUUGCGUCCGCGUAUCUCAUUGCAUUGCAAACGGUCGUAUGUCCAAAGCAGUGCAUCGUGAGGAAAAAUCAGGAAACGGUGGUGUAUCAGCUCGCUAUUUUCCACGAAGAACUUGUCAAUUAUCUUGGGUUUGGACCAAAUUGCGCCAAUGCGAAUGGAGCCUCGUCUAAUUUUUUCCCCAGCGAUGUCGAGAAAUUUAAGUUCCACAUUGAAAUCGUGAAGCUCUUGACAUACUGCACCAUCGGUAAGAACGUGUACACAGAGUCGCAAUGCCAAAACUUACUCCCACUUGAUCGAAUCGUCACUGUCCUGUGUUCCGUGGAGUAUCCGAUCGAUGUCAAAGAAGCGUACGUCAUGUUUCUCCUGCACGCAUUUCUAGUCACGGAAGUAGAUGUGCGCAGUGUUUACAGUUCCAACCGGAUGUGGACAAUUUUUGAGAAGCACUUCCUCGUCGAACUAGUCAAUCUUUGCAACGCCUCCCUCGGCGAGGCUGAGGCGGAUUAUAAAUGUCAAAGUUACGUGAACGAUGGUCUGAUUGUGAUUGUGAAAAUAUUUUUUGAACGAAUUCUCACCCACACGCCGGGUGUUAUUAAGGGACACAAGGAACUCUUCAUCCACUUACUCAAAGCCAUUUAUCGGCUCACUCAAACCAAAUGGAUUCAUCCCACGAAACUCUACUCGGCUCAGAAAUGUUUGAGUAUCAUGUAUAAAGCGGCCUCUUCCCAACUCAUCUACCUGCCUUCCUACCUCAUUGAAGAGAUUGAGAAGAACUCGAGCCGCUUUAUCAGUGAGGUCAGCCGAAGAGCGAAAUGGAUUUCGAUGAUUGAGUCUCCAAAAGCGAAAUGUAGUUCGGACAUGCCAUCCACCACAUCGAACCGGAUAACGCAAGAAAUUCAACACCUCGUGAGAAAGGUGAAGCCGGACAUUGAGGAGAUGGCGUCCGCCGAGACGACGACACUCACCGACAUUCUGUGCCAGGCGGAAACGAUCUUUCCCCCCUCCACGUUGGCAUACACGCUCUGUCAGGAUGGCAAACUCAUAGCAAAAUUCGUCCUUCACGCCGAGAAACUCGCGGACGAAGGAGAAAGCGAACUCUGCGUCAACAUUUUAGAAAUCCUGCAAGAUAUUUUGGAAAGAAAAGAGAUCUCGACGGAACGGGCCCACCGCGUCCACGACCGAUUAUUAGAGAAGCAUUUACGAAGAAAUGAGCAAUCCUUGUCCUUCCUCUCCAAGUUGAGCAGUAAGACGAAAGAGAGUACAAGUUCUUGGCAAGGGAAGCUGAGCGAGGAGCCGCACUACAUGCUGGACCAACUCGGCGCAUCCAGACUGGUCGUGAUGCUCUUAACCAAGUUGGACAAGGCUCCAGACGUUCUCCAACAGUCGAUUAAUCUCGGGAUUUUACUUCUCAGCGGAGAAACGGUCGAAUUGCAGAGAAGUUUUUACAAUCAUCUCCUCUCGUGUGCGAAAAGUCAGAACUUUAUGAAGGUGCUAAACAACAUUUUACGCGAAGUUGGUGAGGAUUUCAGAGCCGUGGCGAAAACCAAGAUUAGUGACAUUGCUCGAGGCGACUCCAAAUCUCACUUCCACAGCACUCUCACAAAGGCUAACUUUUCUCAGGAUGUCAACCGCAUUCUUCGCGUCUCCAAACGAAUGUCGGACGACAUGUUGGCCGCAACUCAGGACAUUGUUUGUGGGCUGAAAAGGAUCGCUGAAAUGAAAGGAAGUGGAUUUUCCAGCGACUUUGAAAGUCAAGCUUUAGACGAAGAUGACGACGACUGGGCUCGUGUAGCAACCACGGUGCUGAGAAAGGAUGGAUAUGCCAUUUCCAGUUUGAAACACCCGAGAGAAAAAUUGUUAGAGAGUUCGCUCCGAUUUCUGCAACUACUUUGCGAAAACCAUAACUUGGAGAUGCAGAGAUAUCUGAAAACUCAAGGCAACAAGACUCCGUACGACUUGGUCUCUCAAACCUUAUACUUUCUCGACUGCAUCUUCGACUCGAACACGGGCUCACCCGGGUUAAUUGGCCUCCUUGUGGACGAGCACAAUAUCGGCCUAAUAAAUCAAACGUUACGAACGCUGACCGAGUUUUGUCAAGGUCCUUGCCUCGAGAACCAGAAUGCUCUCAUCCUCCACGAGUCGAACGCGAUCGACAUUGUGACCACUUUCGUAGCUCAUGACAUCACCCCGCUCUCCAAGAGGAGGAUGGACCUCGUCAUGGAUCUCAAAAACCAUGCGAGCAAGCUCGUCCUCUCUCUAAUGGAGAGUAAAGACGGGAUCGAAAAGUUUGAAAAGAUUAGCAAAAUGAAUAUUCGCAAUAUGAUUGAAAUGAUUGGAAAAGCUCACAGUUCGGAUCGGGAUGACUACGUGUAUUUAAUGAGGGGAAAAGCCGUAGCGGAGAAGCAGGUUGGCCACUCACUCUACAUUUUGUGUCACCAACUCGCCCAACAUGACAAAGCCGUUCAAAUGGAGUUGGACCGUGCGGUCAGCAAACGGAGCUUGUAUGCCGACGCGGUGAACUAUUACAGUGACAGGACGGCGCAAAUUGAGAUUGUCAGACAUGACGAGGAGCAGGAGUGCGAGUACUUGGAACGCGUCGUGUUCCCAAUUCCACCCGUGUGCGCUUACUUGACCCAAGACACGAAGGAGAAAGUCUUUCGCAGCACGGAGGAUGACGAGAAGGGGUCAAAAGUCACCAACUUUUUCGAACAACAAGGUGCCCUCAUGUAUGAGAUGGAGUGGCAACAGAAAUUGAGGAGCAUGCCGUUAAAAUACAGUGUCAGCAUGUACGAGUCCUUCCUGGGAAACUUGGUGUUCAACAUGAUUUUCAUGGUGAAUGUCGUCGUCGCAUUGGGCUACCCGUUCCCCCCGGAUGGCAAUACGUCUCACUGGAGGAUAAUCAUGGGUUUGCUAUUGAUCGUGUGUGGCCGAAUCCAAUUAAGAAAACCAGACGUGUCCGGUGUGCAAGCCAACACUUCGCUCGUUAUCCUAAUCAUCAUCACCCUGGCCGGACCGACGAGGACAAUUCAUGCUUUUGGAUUGAUCACGGCUCUCCUAAAAUCGGCUCACAUAGCGUCGUAUCAGUGCAAAAGUGGGAAAUUUUCUAGGCCAAAGAGAGAAUUGAUCGUGGAUGGGGAAUUUCUCUAUCACAUCUUCGUCGGAAGUGUGUGCAUCGCUGGGUUGACGAUCCACUCCUUCAUCUACUCUGCUCUGCUUUUCGACGUCGCUUACAGGGAAGAAACUCUGAUGAACGUGAUCCGAUCAGUGACCAGGAAUGGACGCUCGAUCAUCCUCACGGCCAUAUUGGGUAUCAUUUUAGUCUAUCUCUUCUCCAUCGUGGGCUACAUGGUUUUCCAGGAUGAUUUCAUCGUGGAAGUCGAUCCUCUCAAUAAGACGGAGUACGGCAUGGUAGCCAGCCUCGACAACGAUGAGGACAUGAAAGAAAACGUGUGCGACACUUUGCUCAUGUGCAUCGUCACCACGUUGAAUCAAGGACUACGAAACGGCGGCGGGAUCGGCGACGUUUUACGACCACCAAGCAAAACAGAAUCGACCUACACGGCUCGCGUCAUUUACGACCUCCUCUUCUACUUUGUCGUCAUUGUUAUCGUGCUUAAUCUGAUUUUCGGUGUCAUCAUUGACACAUUUGCGGAUCUCAGGACGGAGAAGCAGCAUCGGGAGGAGACGUUGAGAAACACUUGCUUCAUUUGUGGUUUAAAUCGGUCCAACUUUGAUAACAAGGCUGUUACUUUUGAACAUCACAUCAAACGAGAGCACAACAUGUGGAACUAUCUCUACUUCAUGGUUCUCCUCAAGACGAAGGACCCCACCGAGUUUACAGGGUCGGAGUGCUAUGUGAGCAAAGCGUUGAAGGAGAGGAAACUAGGCUGGUUCCCGAGGUUGAGGACAUCCUCGCUGAAUUAUAAUCGGCGAUGGACCGUGUCCACAGGACCGGGAAAUAAUGACGUUGGAGGUGGAGGCGAAGAUAAUGGGAAGUCAUUCGCCAAAUAAAUACGAGGCAACGUGAGACAUGCCGAUUAACAGAACGUGUACCUGUGCAGUAGUAGAAGCGUAAUGUAGUCGCAGAGUGGUUGUGUCUGCAUGAAGUAAAUAAAUCCAUGUUCAGCAUUUAUAUGUAUUUAUGAUUACUUUUUUGAUUAAUUAAUCAUUAAAAAGUCAGAGAACCAAAAACCAAAGUCUUUAUUUUCUUGUCUAAAAAUAUAUGAAAUUUUGUUUUGUUUUCAUCGUGAUUUUGAAAAUGAAUAAAAAGUCAUUCCAAGUUAAGAAUAGUAUAAUUACUAAUGAUAAUAAGUAUGUUUUAAUUGCGAAAUAAAGUAAUAAAAAAUGUUCAACAUA